GCUCGGCUCAUUGAGGAAAAUUCUCUCGCGGAACGCGGUUGUAGUUUUUAAAGUUUUUAAUUCCUCGCUCGCUCGCUCGCUCUUUGACGCGGCGUGCGUGGGUCGGGGUGUGAAGGGGUGGUUGUUGAUUGUUGGUUUUCGGGGAGGUUGCUUUUUGGAGGGGUUAGUCGAUGCGGUGGCGAGCGGCUUGCAAGCAGCAGCAGUCGUAUUUACCAGCAGCAGUUGCAAGGUGUCCCGUCAUUUAAGCGCCUUCAAGGGGAUAAUAAUUGAUGAAGCGAAACAACGCAACAACAAUUCGCGGGACGAGUGUGAUAAAAUGCGGCCGAUUUUUGCACCGUAAUAAUUCAACAACAACAACAAAAAUACCCGCAAUCGUCCUUGAAGCGAACAGCGCUAGUUGAUUUUACCAUAAAAAAAAUACGAUAAUAGCGCAUGUUGACAAAUCACGCAAACGACAAAAAACAAACGCCACGGCUCGGCACCAGCCGCAGCAGCAGCAGCAGCAAAUCAAGGCGAAGCCAACCGAGCAAUCGUCCGCCCUGCGGUGAUGUCAACCCUCGAGGCUGAGCGGGUCCCCGUGUCUCUCAGCAGCCUCGCCAUCUCCCUGCCCGACCUCGCCGAAGCCAUGGACCACGGGCAGCAGGCGUCCGAGCCGGCCGGAGGGGAGCCAAUGUUCCCCGGAGAUUCCGCGGACGCCUACGACCACCUGGGGCUUCAGGGCUCAGACGCGAUGAUUGACAUCACCGUGAACCCAAAGCUGGACAUCUACUCGUCCAGCUUCCAGUGCGGAAACCAGCUGUCGGGCCUGUCACAACCCUUCAACUACAUCGCCAAGAUCACGCUGCAGGACAACGGCACUGGCAUGCAGAGCUGUCUCACCGAACCUUUCUUCAGUUUCCUCCAAAACGCAGCCGGGCUUGCCGUGAGUCAACAGCAGCAACAACAGCAGCAGCAACAGCAGCAGCAGCAGCAACAGCAGCAGCAGCAGCAACAGCAGCAGGGACAGAUGCAGUCCAUGCAGUCACAGGUGUCUCCUCAAUGUCCCAGCGUGUCUUCAGGCUCCCUGUCUCCCAGCGAAGCCGACGAGCUGUACGGCGUCUCGAGCUCGGGCUAUGGGGACACCAUGGAGUUCACGCCACCCAUCUACAUGAACAGCCCCAUGGUCGGCGGUGGCGGCGGCGGCGGCGUUGGCGGGGGUGGCGGCGGAAUCAUGCACGCGUAUGCGCCUCCUCCCGAGUACACGCUGGCAGGCGUCAAGUGCGCCGACUCGUCCACCGCGUUCACCACCGUGAGCGACUUUGCGCAGAUUUUCCCGAUGCAGGAACUGGGCCUCCCCGCUGACCUCAAGAGCGUGUUCUCCGAGCACAAGCCGCAGCCGGCGCUUACUCCGCUCAAGGCCAUCAAGGCGUACAGCAACCAGAAGUCGCUCAUUCCCUUCCCGCAGAAGAGUUGCAGCCCGUACCCUCAGCCAGGGUCAGUCGGCCUCUCAAAUGCUGUGCAGCAGCAGCAGCAACAGCAGCAACAGCAGCAACAGCAACAACAACAGCUUCAGCAGCAGCUUCAACAACAGCAGCAGCAACAGCAGCAGCAGCAACAGCAGCAGCUUCAACAGCAGCAGCAGCAACAGCAGCAGCAGCAACAGCAGCAGCAACAACAGCAGCAGCAACAGCAGCAAGCCAUGCCACAGAUGGCUCAAGCGCCACCGCCGAUGGCACCGCCGCGCAAGUCUGCGCAGAGGCACCAGCGCGCCAGCCGGCCGUGCAAGACCCCGCCGCACGAGCGGCCCUACCCGUGCCCGGCGGACGGCUGCGAGCGUCGCUUCUCACGCUCGGACGAGCUGACGCGCCACCUGCGCAUCCACACGGGCCACAAGCCCUUCCAGUGCCGCAUCUGCAUGCGCAGCUUCAGCCGCAGUGACCACCUGACGACGCACGUGCGCACCCACACGGGCGAGAAGCCGUUCUCGUGCGACGCGUGUGGCCGCCGCUUCGCGCGCUCCGACGAGCGCAAGCGCCACACCAAGAUCCACGCCAAGCAGAAGGAGAGGAAGGGCAACAAAGUGGACGAUGCCGGGCUGCAGGUCUGCGGCGGCAGCGCCACCGCCUCGUCCUCGUCCUCUUCAGUCCCGUCCUCCACCACCUCCUCUUCGACCUCUUACUCGACCUCCUCCUUGACGCCGUCCAUCUCGUCGUCGUCAUUGUCGUCGUCGUUGUCGACUCCGUUGCCGUCGUCGCUGACGUUGGCGAGCGGCAUGCUCUCCUCGAGUGCGUGCGGGCCGAUGCAGAUCAACUUCGGCACGGCGUCGCUCUCGCUGAUGUCCUCAUCGUCGGUGACGUCGUCGCUGUCGUCGUCGUCGCUGUCGUCUGUGUCGUCACUGCCCAGCCAGCUGAGCUCGGGGCUCGGCGUGUCGUUCGGCAGCUCGCAGUUCGGGGGCAGCACCCUGUCUUCCCUGCCCUCGGCGUCCAUCGUGCCCGUGAGAACGUGCUGAAGGAAGGGAAAGCAGCAGGCCGUGGCGACGGCCUUCGCGUCCGCUCUGUUGUGGUCGUUUGUUCAGUUUUCCCAUUUUUUUUGAGUUCUCGUCUCCCACUCGCCGAGAGCCGGGGGGCGGUGGGGGCAAGGCCGCUCGGCCACCCACGUGCCCCUGCCCCUCUGCCUCGACCUUGGCAGCAGCAGCAGCAGGAGGAGGUGACAAAGUCGUGUGAAGACACUCUUGCGGGCAAGACAAGACUCCACGAAGGAGAAGGGGCUCUCCGGGUAGACAGAGACUAAGAGAGGGGAGAAGCAGCGUCGGUGCGCAAGUGGGCGAAGAGGAAGAGAGAGGGUCUAAGAGACGGAGAGAGAAUGUAGCCUGGUGGGCAGUGGGCACCGGGUGAAGUUGCACUGCCUGCGCACUCGACAGCUAACGACGCUGUGGAAAGAGAGGCGGAGAAGGGAGGCAAAAGAGACUGAGAGAGUGUCAGCAGCGCACAGUGGCUCCGAUGUCGCGUCAAUGUCGCAUGCGGUUUGUGCACGAACUUUUGAGAACUCUUUAACAUCUCCACCGCCACGCGCGCACGUGCGUGCGUACAUGUGAACGUGUCUGUGUGUGUGUGUGCGUGCGUGAGUGAAUGAAUCCGCAUCGCGAACCACGCUCAGAGGAAAAGAAGCCAGCUUGUGAUCGACGCACACCGCCAUCGGCUGCACCCCUAACUCCUCUCGCCCCAUGAAAAAUCGACGAAGCCGAUAGAAACGCAAAAUAGGGCUGCAACGAUGAACAUUUUACCACUGCCUUCGCAGGUACUAUCGUCGACUGUACUCGAGUGAAAAUGCAAGUCGCUCGGGUCACCCACGUGACCGGUCCUCGCCACAAACCACUUCUACACUUUAAACUUUCGGUUCCUCGAGUGGACGGUUGAAUAAAAAAAAAAAUCGUCAUCAUCGUCACGAUCAUUGAUGCACCCUCAUCAAUUGUCACGCAAAGGUACUCGGAGCCUCCAUGGAACUCUAUGAGUUGUCAUUUUAUUUUUGCCGUUUUUUUUAUUUUUCUGCCGUCGGCUUUAAGAGAUCGUUUUGCCAACUUCACACCAGCCGUGCUGGCGCGCGCAUCUACGAUCCAGUGCCUCGGAAUGGAUGGUUAGCGGAUCACGCAGAGAGUUGCGUGUGAAACUCCCAAGCAUGCUCGCGGUAUUCGCGAAUCUUUCUACGCGGAUUUUUUUUUUAAAUCGUUCUUCCCCCCCCACCCCCAAGAGGGGUGUCCUACGGGUUUCUCCCACUCACACAAAACCACUCCUUUAUUUGAAAAACAGGAAUUGGCCAAAAAAUCCCCAGAAUACAGCAUCCUCGUGAAAAAAAGACUGAGUCUUUUGAGACUCGGAGGCUUUCUUGGAUGAAUAAUUUAAGUUUGUAUUAUUAUCGUCGUUGUUUUAUUCCAUCGUCCAGUCAGUGAUUGUCCGAGUGGAAGCCACUACCCGUGAUUGCCAUACCCCUCUCCCCCACACACCCCCUCUACACAGUCCUCUGUAUAUAUAACAAAAAAAUGUGUAUUUUUGUUGUGUACAUAUUAACUAGACGAAACUAACGCCAUGAAAUGCACACGGAGACUUUAAGCGGGGAGAGAGAGAGAGUGCGUGCGAUGAAGAGACAAUUACAUUUACACACGAGAACGUAACACGGAAAAAAACACAGCCAAACUUAUUUUUGUAUGUGGAGAUGCAGUAUUGUGGCUAUGUCAUUUGCUAUGCCUUGCAGACGCGUGCUGUAUUUUUGCUAUGCGCGAUUGAUACGUGAACGUUUUUCUUCUGUUUGGUUCCCCGCAGUUUUGUAUUCGCCGCUUUGGGUUUUUGUAUAAGCGACCCCCCCCCACCUUCGCCCCCCCCCCCACCUCGCCCCCUCACCUCGCCCCCCACCUCGCCCCCCCCCCCUCCCGCCACACGGCAUGAAUGUACAAUACGGUACGAAGCGACCCCCCCCCUCCCCCCAAAUACCCCUUCUUAUUGUGUACUGUACAUAUUUUUAAACAGAAAAUAUGAAGCAAUUGAAAAAAUAAAACUAACUCGUAAAUGA